AUGUACGGUCUGAAAAACGUUCCGAGCUAUUUACUUCUUGCCCAUUUCUUGUUCAUCUCGCAAAUUGUCGCUCGGGCCACUUCUCCUCCAGAUGGAUGCGACCUCAAGCCCGACAGCCGCAUGCCAAACGGCUCAUGGGACUCUCACCUCCACGUACUGGACCCAGUUCGUUUCCCGCCUGUUCCAGGCUCAUACGAGUUCGGUACAUACACAGCAUGGGAUGCCACUAUCGAAGAAACUCGGCUCGGCUGUUCACACAUGGUUCUGAUCCAGCCGUCCGUUUACGGAAAUGACAAUACCCUGCUCAUCGAUACUCUCAAGGCAUUCGGACCGGACAGAGCCCUCGGUGUUAUCGUGUUUGACGUGGCCAACACAUCGACUGCACAGCUUCGAGAAUGGGAUGAUCUUGGCGUUCGCGGUGUGCGGUUGAACUUCCAGUCGACGGGUGAUGCACCGCCAGCUAAAGAGCUCCGAGAUAUGAUGCAGCGGUAUGCAGAUGCUAUUCGACCUUUCUCUUGGGUCUUGCAGAUCUAUAUCGCCAUGAAGGACAUACCCGGCAUUGAGCCCGUAAUUCCAGAUCUGGGAGUCAAGGUCGUUAUAGACCAUUUAGGCCACCCGGAUAUUCCAAAGUCGAACAGCUCUGGGACCGCUCUCAACCCGCACAAUUUGUCAGGAUUCGACUCAAUGUUGCGACUCUUGGAGGGAAGCAAUACUUGGGUGAAAGUCUCCGCUGUCUAUCGACUGUCAAAAUCCUCAGGACCCUUGUACACUGACCUUGAUCCUGUCAUCCUUGAGCUCCUCAAAGCAGCGCCGUCUCGAGUUGUUUAUGCGUCCGAUUGGCCGCACACUCGAUUCGAGGGACUUGAUAUCAAGCCAUGGACUUCUCAUCUACUUGACCUGACAAAGGGGAACGUGGAGCUACAAGAUCAACUGUUUAGGGACAAUGCACGGGAGCUGUGGGGCGGUAAUAAUACAAUAGCCAGCUCAGCUAAGCCUUGA